GGCGCAGAAAGCCGCGUCGUCUGGCUCGCGCCAGCACUGCCCCGCACGCGCAUGGAGCGGCGCGAGAGCUCCCCGGGCGAACCCCGCGUCCACCGCGCGCCUGGAGUGCUGUUUCGCGGCCCCGUAGAGCCGCUCAUCUUUCUUGCCAACUUCGCCUUGGUCCUGCAGGGCCCGCUCACCACGCAAUACCUCUGGUACCGCUUCAGUACCGACCUCGGCUACAAUGGCACCCACGACAGAGGUGGCUGCAGCAACCACAGCGUGAACCCCACUGUGCAGGAAGUGGAGACCCUUACCUCCCACUGGACGCUCUACACGAAUGUGGGCGGCUUCCUGGUGGGGCUCUUCUCGUCCACCCUGCUGGGUGCCUGGAGUGACUGUGUGGGCCGUCGCCCGCUGCUGGUGCUGGCCUCGCUGGGCCUGUUGGUCCAGGCUGUGGUGUCCAUCUUUGUGGUGCAGCUGCAGCUACAUGUUGGCUACUUCGUGCUGGGCCGCAUCCUUUGUGCCCUCCUUGGCGACUUCAGUGGCCUCCUGGCUGCUAGCUUUGCCUCCGUGGCAGAUGUCAGCUCCCACCACAGCCGAACCAUCCGAAUGGCCCUGCUGGAAGCAUGCAUCGGGGUGGCAGGGAUGCUGGCGAGCCUCCUUGGGGGCCACUGGCUCCACGCCCAGGGUUAUGCCAACCCCUUCUGGUUGGCCUUGGCCUUGCUGAUAUUCACGGCUUUCUACGCUGCUUUCUGCUUUGGUGAGACAUUGAAGGAGCCAACACCUGCCCGGCUCUUCACACUUCAUCACCAUCGAUCCAUUGUCCAGCUCUACGUGACUCCAGCCCCGCGGAAGUCCAGGAAGCAUUUAGCCCUGUACUCACUGGUCAUCUUUGUGGUGAUCACUGUGCACUUUGGGGCCCAGGACAUCCUGACCAUCUAUGAGCUGAGCAGACCCCUCUGCUGGGACUCCAAGCUGAUAGGCUACGGUUCUGCAGCUAGGCACCUCCCGUAUUUCACCAGCCUGCUGGGCCUGCGGCUUCUGCAAUCCUGCCUGGACGACACCUGGGUGGCAGAGAUUGGCUUGGCGUUUAACAUCCUGGGGAUGGUGGUCUUUGCAUUUGCCACCAGCACACCCCUUAUGUUCACAGGGUACGGGCUCCUCUUCCUGUCACUGGUGAUUACACCCAUUGUCCGGGCCAAGCUCUCCAAGCUGGUGAGCACGUCCGAGCAGGGUGCUCUCUUUUCUGCUGUGGCCUGUGUGAAUGGCUUGGCCAUGCUGAUGGCCUCCAGCAUCUUCAACUCGCUCUACCCUGCCACCUUGAACUUCAUGAAGGGGUUCCCCUUCCUCCUGGGAGCUGGCCUGCUCUUCAUCCCUGCCAUUCUGAUCGGGACACUGGGGAAGGCUGAUCCGCACUCUGAAUACCAGUAGCUUCCCCAGAGCCCCUGA